CUUUGGUUUAUUUCGCCCAGGUGGCAGAGUGAGCAGCAAGGGUCAGAGCUGUGACUCCUUUACCAGCACAUUUUUCUUUAUCUUGUCCAAUCAGAAUCGCAUUACAACAGCGCUGCAUCACCAAGGAGGACUAUAAGAAGAGCGAGAGUCCUACAGCAAGGCACCAUCCGGUCCAUAUUCUCCUGCGGUACAGGUCUCAUCCACUCAGCAGCCAUGAAAUUCUCACUCAUUGCAGUCAUUGUCGUGCUUGCUCUGGCACAAGGAAGCUUUGCACAAGAUUCUUUUGACAUCGACAGGCUCACUCAGUACUUUGAGGAGAUGAAGAACAAGGUGGUGAAGGAAGUGACUGAUCUGAUGAACAACCAGGACCUGGCAAACCAGGCUCAGACCUUCAUGGAUGACAGGAGAACCCAGCUGGAGCCCCUGGUCGCCCAGAUCCAGGAGCAUCUGAAGUCUGCUGCCUCCACCGUCGAGGAGCAGAUCCAGCCCCUGGCCGCCAACGUGCAGGCUCAGAUCCAGCCCCAGGUCGAAACCUUCCAGAAGCAGAUGGAGGCCAUAGUCAAGCAGCUGACUGAUAAGGCCAUCACCAACUAAGCGACCUGUCCUUACAAAAGAUGCGCAUGUGUCACCACACCACCAUCUUGCAUCUGACGGCUGGCCUGAAAGCCCAGGCAGAAGUACAGCAGCCUAACGUGUGUUUCGGUAAUUGUUGACAUUAAACAUCUGUGUCCAAAAGCAUAAUAAAACCUGAAACACAA